AUGCCGGCGAUGAUGGACACUACAAUGGAUGACUCUAUGGUCGACCUCUUUGGUGAGGCAGGCGAUAGUCUGACAGUGACGCCAAUGCCAAUGCCAUUGCCGGGCCCGCUUCUGCUACGCAUUUCAGAAAUGCAAGGCUGUGGCUGUUGUACGAAGCUAGCAUGGUCUCACAUGGGCAACAUCGCCCACAUUACCUCCGACGGCACCAAAUUGAAUUUUCGUUCCUUGGUCCGAGACAAACGCUCGCGGGGAUGGAAGCUGAGCAAGAAAUCACAGCAUGUUGUUGAUGCUCCCACAGGCCGUCGCUUUGUUCACAUUCAGUUCAACAGGAUGGGCUCGGAUCUUGCGGUCAUUGACGAUAGUGGCUUGGUUCACCUCUACGCCUCCCUCAAUAUGCUGGGGCUCAUCGGCGUCGAUCCAUCCUUCGACGACGACUCGCAAACCGGGCUUGGUGCAAUCGUGGGGCUACAUUGGCUGCCUACGCCGAUAGAUUUGAAGCGUCAAUCUGUCAGUCCGGCAACCAAGGUCGGUGAUAAAUGGGUAGCGAAUCCGCAGGCUCCGGUAGUACAUACCAGCAAGCUUCGGAACCCAAAUGACGGCAGACAAGCCCUUUUACACGUGUCUCGUAACAGCAAGCUGACCUUACUGUACCAAAGUGAGAGCGCCUGGAAGGCAACGAGUACAGUAUUGGAGCCUGUUGAAUCUUCGGAUCAAGUUAUCACACAUGCUGCGAUCAAUGAGCACGGUGAUCAUGCGAUCGUUGUCACCCACGAUUUGUCCUCUCGAUUCAGGAUCUAUCAAGUUGGUAUCAAUUGGAACGCACCUCAAUCACGCCAACCGAACCAGAUUGUACCAGUGUCUCCAAAUCUGGAGGUUACCCAUUUGUCAGUCGUCGACAACAUCCAUAGUCAGCAUUCAAGUGCUGCAAUACUCACGCUCCUGCGCGUGUUGCCAGCGGUCGCAGACUCUGGGCACGGGACGUCAUCGCCGACUACCAUCCUUGCAGGUUUCACGCAUGCCAUACCCUCCUCUGGUCUUCAGACACCACCCGCGUUCAGCGUGCUGGCUCAUUGGCACGUCGACAAUGCUCAGCCUGCGCUGCAUGAAAGCUUUAAAAAGAUGAAGACCGGACCUGACACAUCUUCGUCUUUGGAUCAAGUCACCGUGCUUAGACGGCAGCCAGACAUCAUCACUAAUAAAGUGAUCGUCAGCUUAGAUGUUCCAUUGACAAGCGAGGCCGUCGUCGCCCUUCUAGCCAGUGACGGUACCUUGGACUUCCGAGAUCGCUUCACGAUGAAUAAUAGCCUAGAGCCAUACGGCGACUCGACGCAGGUCACCAGCCUAGCACAAAGCGGCUUCGAGCACGUCUCAGAGCAACAUCAUCUUCAUGUUGCGACCUCCAUUGAUGGUUGUUGCCUGGUUGUGGCUGAAGCCGAUGAUACGAUGAUUAUCAAGUCUAUGGUGUUUCGCUACGGCUGGCACGCCACGAACGAUGGACUGGUCGACAAUCAAGCAUUGAUAGAGGCAGGCGCAAUCUGUAUCGCUCGUCAAUACGUGCUUUCCUGCUAUGCAAAUGCAUCAGGAGACGAAUCACUAGCACUUAUACCGACACAGGCCACUCAAGAGACUCGAGCUUUGAUCAACGCAAUGAUCGUACGGACUUUGACACCUUAUAUUGAUCUCGCCUUAUUGGAUGCUACGAAACAGCGAGGUAUCACCAUGGACAGUGGGAUGUUCCGGUGCAUGAGUGCUCAGCUGGCCAUCGGGACCGACUACAAAACAGGCCGUCGAUCGUUUCCCGGCCAAUUCGCCCACAUCACACUCAGCAUGCGGUCCCUCAACGCUUCCAGCUUCAUCACCCAGGAGCUCAUAAACCGCAUGCCACGGCCAGCCGGAACCAAGCCCGUCAUCCCGCCUGACGUCGCAGUGUCCUUUAAGGGCCACAUGAAAUGGACGUUGAACCUCGCAGUGGCCAUCGUGACCACGCUCAUGAGAGUCAAACAAGAAGUUGCAGACAAUUCAGAGACGACCGCUCCGCAAACGAUAGCGAAAUUGACAGCAGAUACCAGCACUCCAUUCGCGCACAUCCUGAUAUCGUCCCCUACACGCUUCAUGCUGCGCAUCUUGGCGCAGAUGGUCUCCCGCUAUCUCGAAAUGGCCAAUCAGAACCUCCCUCGCACCCAAUCCGAAUACGACAAGACCCAACUCAACGACCUGAUAUCCGAAAUGUCCCAAUUCCCCUUCAAACUGAACCUCUUCGAGGCCCUCAUGACGGAGUUCGACAGCGCCAUCCGCAGCGUCUACACCAAAAGCGGUACGACCACCGAACGCCGCGCCGAGAUCGAAUGGGCCCUCAUGUGCACAGGUACCAUUCCGCCGGAAUUCCGUCCCGCCAUCGACAUGCUCCUCCAAACCUCAUUGCCAAAACUCCUCGAGGGAGCGGAUCUGGGGAAACUCCACCUGUGGGAUACCAGCAGCAUUGCGCAGAGCCAGAUUGGCCUCGCGGCCGACGGGAAACGUUACGAUGUGGUCCGCAAGACUCAGCUGUUGGAUACGAUGAAGCUGCGCGUGUGUCGGAGGUGUGGGAGCGAGACGGAGGAUAUCCCGUUGAAGGAUGCGCAUGAGACGCCGGCGUGGUUGAGGGCGGAAGGGCGAUAUUGCAUCUGUAAGAGUCACUGGAGGCUGGCUGUCUGA